AUGUUAGAAACGGUAGCCCACGCCGUGGUGGCUUCGAUGGUAGACCCGGUAGUCCACGUCGUGGUGGCUUUGAUGGAAGACCUGGUAGUCCGCCCCGAGGUGGCUUUGACGGAAGACCCGUUAGUCCGCUCCGUGGUGGCUUUAACGGGAGACCUGGUAGUCCGCCUCGUGGUGGCUAUAACGGAAGGCCUGGCAGUCCGCCUCGUGGUGGCUUUGGCGGAAGGCCUGGCAGUUCACGUCGUGGUGGCUUUGGCGGAAGACCUGGCAGUCCACGUCAUGGUGGGUAUGACGGAAGACCUGGUAGUCCGCCCCGAGGCGGUUUUGACGGAAGACCUGGUAGUCCGCCCCGAGGCGGUUUUGACGGAAGACCUGGUAGUCCGUCCCGAGGUGGCUUUAACGGAAGACCUGGUAGUCCGCCCCGAGGUGGCUAUAACGGAAGGCCUGGCAGUCCACGUCGUGAUGGCUUUGAUGGAAGACCUGGUAGUCCCUCACGCGGGGGUUUUGGCGGUAUACCCGACAACGCGCCGCGUAAUGCUUUCGGAGGUGAACGCUCGCCUCCGCGUGGUUUUAAUGGUGGACGUGUUAGCCCCCCAUACGAUGGGUUCGGCGGUCCUCCACGCGGCCCCCGUGGACGCUCUCCGCCACGCGAUGACUUUAGGCGAGGCCCGCCUAUGA